GUGACACCCCCGCCCCGCCCCUUCCCCUGCGCGGCCGGACGGGACCGAGGCCGGCGAUGCUCUCCCAGAUCUUCAUCCUCUCCUCCAAGGGCGACCGCCUCAUCCACAAGGACUUCCGCGGCGAGGCCGGCGGCACCAGCCCGGACCUCGCCGACACCUUCUACCGGAAGAUCACGGCGCUGCCGGGCGACCAGGCCCCCGUCUUCAUGGCGCACGAGGGCCGGCACUUCGUCCACGUGCGGCACGCGGGGCUCUACUUCGUGGCCACCACCACCGCGCCGGACGCGUCGCCCUUCACCCUCGUGGAGUUCCUCAACAGGCUGGUGACGCUGCUGCGGGACUACUGCGGGGCCCUCAGCGAGAAGAACGUCAGCCUCAACUUCGCCCUCAUCUACGAGCUCCUGGAUGAGAUGCUGGACUACGGCUACGUCCAGACGACGGCGCCCGAGGUGCUGCGCAACUUCAUGCACACGGAGCCCGUGGCCACCAAACCCUUCAGCCUCCUGGACCUGGGCUCCGUCGGGCUGUUUGGCGCCGAGACGCAGCAGAGCAGGGUGGCCCCCGGCUCGGCCGCCAGCCGCCCCGUGCUGCCGCCCCGGGGGGAGCAGGGCGCCAAGAACGAGGUUUUCCUGGACGUGGUGGAGAGGUUGACGGUCGUCAUCGCGGCCAACGGGACCCCCAUGAAGGUCGAUGUGCAGGGUGAGAUUCGCCUCAAGUGCUACCUGCCCAACUGCUGCGAGAUGCGCGUGGGGCUGACGGAGGAGUUCUGCGUGGGCAAGUCGGAGCUGCGAGGGUACGGCGCGGCCGUGCGCGUGGACGAAUGCGCCUUCCACGGCGCCGUCAGGCUGGACGAGUUCGAGAGCGGCCGGAUCCUCAAGGUCACCCCGAGCCAGGGCGAGCUCACGCUCAUGCAGUACCAGCUGGCCGACGACAUCCCCUCGCCGCUGCCCUUCCGCCUCUUCCCCACCGUGGACCGAGACCCCACGGGCAGGCUGCGGCUCUACCUGAAGCUCCGCUGCGAUCUGCCCCCCAAGAGCCAGGCCCUCAACGUCCGCCUCCAGCUGCCCGUGCCCAAGGGGGUGAGCAGCCUGGCGCAGGAGCUCAGCAGCCCCGAGCAGAGGGCCGAGCUGCAGCCCAGCACCAAGUCCAUCCGCUGGGACAUCCCGCGGUGUCAGGGGGGGUCCCAGCUCUCCGCCCUCUUCAAGCUGGAGGUGCCGGGGCUGAGCAGCGCCUCGCUGCUGGAGCUGGGCCCCGCGAACAUGGCCUUCGAGCUGCCCGCGCACACGUGCUCGGGGCUGCACGUGCGCUUCGUGCGCUGCGCCGGGCCCCCCGCCGGGCUGCCCCACCGCUGGGUGCGCUACGUGACCCACAGCGACUCCUACGUCGUCCGCCUCUGAGCCCCUCCGCCGCACCCAGGCGCUGGCCACCAACCCGCUUAUUUAUUAAGUGACACCAAAUGGGGGGGGGGGGGACGGGGAGCUGGACUCCCCCCACCCCCCACCCCCGAUCUGGGCUCAAAACAGCAAUAAACAGGCAACAAACUGUCA